GAUGGCUUUAUGGCAGCGGCUCGGCGCCGGGGCCCGCGUGGGCACGGGGCUGUGGCAUGUCCUGCUGGCUGGCACCCUCCUCACCAGCCACAUCCAGCCCAACGGUGCCCAGCAAAGUGCCACAGUGCCCAUCCCUGCGCCAGGCUCCACUUCAGACCUGCUCCCUCAUUUCCUCCUGGAACCUGACGAUGUUUAUAUUGUCAAGAACAAACCGGUGACACUGGCUUGCAAGGCCACGCCUGCCACUCAGAUCUACUUCAAGUGCAAUGGCGAGUGGGUGCACCAGGGCGAUCACAUCAUACAGCGGAGCAUGGAGAAAAGCACAGGCCUGCCCCUCAUGGAGGUGCGGAUUGACAUCUCACGGCAGCAGGUGGAGAAGAUCUUUGGCCUGGAGGAGUACUGGUGCCAGUGCGUGGCCUGGAGCUCUUCUGGCACCACCAAAAGCCAGAAGGCCUACGUGCGCAUUGCUUAUCUGCGGAAGAACUUUGAACAAGAGCCAGUGGCCAAAGAGGUUUCUAUUGAGCAGGGGAUUGUGCUGCCUUGUCGCCCUCCCGAGGGGAUCCCACCAGCUGAAGUCGAGUGGCUGCGCAACGAAGAGCUCCUGGACCCCGCGCUGGACCCGAAUUUCUACAUCACCCUGGAGCACAGCCUGGUGGUGAAGCAGGCCCGCCUCGCUGACACAGGCAACUACACCUGCGUAGCCAAGAAUAUCGUGGCCCGGCGUCGCAGCUCCCCUGCUGCUGUCACUGUCUACGUGCCUGGUGGUUGGUCAGCCUGGAGCCUGUGGUCAGAGUGUGGUGCAGACUGUACACAUUGGCGUAGCCGCGAAUGCUCUGAUCCAGCACCCCGGAAUGGCGGGGAAGAGUGCCAGGGGCCAGAACUGGAGACCCGCAACUGCACCAGUGAGCUGUGUACUCAUGGAACUGGUGGCUCUGAGGAUGUGGCUUUAUAUGUGGGCCUGAUCGCUGUGGCUGUCUGCCUAGUGCUGCUGCUCCUAGUGGUGACCCUCGUCUAUUGCCGCAAGAAGGAAGGCCUGGAUUCAGAUGUGGCCGACUCUUCUAUUCUCACUGCUGGCUUUCAGCCGGUCAGCAUCAAGCCCACCAAAGCAGAUAACUCCCACUUGCUCACUAUCCAGCCUGACUUGAGCACCACCACUAUGACCUACCAGGGCUCACUGUGUCCCCGUCAAGACGGACCCAGCAAGUUCCAGCUCGGCAACGGGCACCUGCUGAGCCCCCUAGGUAGCGGACGCCACACCUUGCACCAUAGCUCUCCCAGUGCGGAUCCAGUGGACUUUGUCUCACGAUUCUCUACCCAGAGCUUCUUCCGCUCCUUGCCCAGGGGUGGGGCCAACAUGGCAUAUGGAACCUUCAACUUCCUGGGUGGACGCCUUAUGAUACCUAACACAGGUGUCAGCCUGCUCAUCCCACCUGAUGCCAUCCCACGAGGGAAGAUCUAUGAAAUCUACCUGACGCUGCACAAGCAGGAGGAUGUGAGGUUGCCCCUGGCUGGCUGCCAGACCCUGCUGAGCCCCAUUGUCAGCUGUGGGCCCCCUGGGGUGCUGCUCACCCGGCCAGUCAUCUUAGCCAUGGAUCACUGUGUGGAGCCAAACCCUGAGACUUGGAGCCUGCACCUCAAGAAGCAGUCCUGUGAGGGCACGUGGGAGGAUGUGUUGCACCUGGGUGAGCCAGUACCCUCAGAACUCUACCACUGCCAGCUGGAACCUCAGGCUUGCUUCAUCUUCACAGAGCAACUAGGCCGCUUCGCCUUGGUGGGGGAAUCCCUCAGCAUGGCUGCCUCAAAACGCCUCAAAUUGGUCCUCUUUGCACCCACUACUUGUAGCGGACUGGAGUACGAUGUCCGUGUAUAUUGCCUCAGUGACACCCGGGAUGCACUCAAGGAAGUGGUACAAAUAGAGAAGCAGAUGGGAGGACAGCUGAUCGGUGCCCCACGGAUCCUGCACUUCAAAGACAGUUACCACAAUUUGCGCCUCUCCAUCCAUGAUGUGCCCAGCUCACUGUGGAAGAGCAAGCUCCUUGUCAGUUAUCAGGAGAUCCCCUUCUACCACCUUUGGAGCGGGCUGCAACCCUAUCUGCACUGCACCUUCACACUGGUGCGACUCAGCACCAGCACUUGCCAGCUGGCUUGCAAAAUCUGGAUCUGGCAGGUUGAGGGCGACGGGCAGAGCUUCAAUAUUGACUUCAACAUCGCGAAGGAUGCACGGUUCUCGGACUGGCUGCCCCCAGACCAUGAGGCUGGCUCCCCUGCCCUGGUGGGCCCCAGUGCCUUCAAGAUCCCCUUCCUCAUCCGCCAGAAGAUCAUAACUAGCCUGGAUGCACCAGGAGCCCGUGGAGCUGACUGGAGAGCAUUAGCUCAGAAGCUGCACCUCGACAGCCACCUCAGCUUCUUUGCUUCGAAACCCAGCCCAACAGCCAUGAUCUUGAACUUAUGGGAGGCAUGUCAUUUUCCCAACGGGAACCUCAACCAGCUGGCUGCUGCUGUGGCCGAGGUGGGCAAGCAGGACAGCUCCCUCUUCAUGGUUUCAGAGGCCGAGUGCUAAGGCACUCAGUGGGGACAGCUCAGGCCUGAGCCAGGAGGUGACAGGGGGCGUCAUCAUUUGAAGGGGGCAGUGCUCCUGCUUUGAACAUGCCUGCACCCCCCCUGUCUGAGGCAUCCUGGCCUCGUGCCCUCUAUUCCUUGUGCCAAAUACAGCCAGAAGGCAAGCACACUGGCUCCGUCUCCAGCAGCCGUGGCAAAGGCUACUGAACGCUUACCCUGCUGCAACUAAGAAAGCUUUGGGACUGGCUGAGGGAGGCCUGCCCCGACUGCCUGAAGAGGCUCGCAAUGGA